ACAUGGAGGAGGAGAACAGCCAAAACAGUGCCGCUACAGCUUGAAAGAGAAAUGGGGCUAACUAAGGAAUGAAUGCGGUCAUUGAAAACGUCGACUGUCUUCAAAAGCGCCGAGAAACAUUCAGUUAAAGUAAAAUGUCACUGAGUGCAACGUGUGAUUCGGUUUCUCAGAAAAGGACUGUGUCGAGCCUCCUCGCUGGUCGUGUGGUGAAGAGGCCGAAGCAGGGCGAUGGUCAGAGGCUGCAGGAGGCAACGAUCCAGCUGUUGGAGCAGCAGCAGAACCUCUGCAGUCUGCUCAGGGAGGUCGGGAAUCCAGAUCCGUGCAACGCUUUCUGCACUCAGACAGGAGAGCAGGAACAUGCGGGGUCUGAGGGCAUCACAUCUUCCAUUGCAGGUUCAUUGCUGGUGUGUGAACUAAGGCGUCAGGCCUCGCAGCUGGGUGUCCCGGUGGCAGCGCUGUCAGUGAAGAUGAUGUUGGAGAGACUGAUGGAGAUCACUGUAAAUGAAGAAGUGGAGAAGGAGGAGGACAAGAUGACAGGGCUGCUCACUUCCUCUCAGCGGGUCCAGCUGUGUAUCCUGCUGAAGUCCAGCAGAGAACUCCUGUCACAGGGAGCCCUCUGCCCUAAACUGCUCUGGCAGGAGUACAGAAGAAAUCAGAGAUUACCCAAGCUGGAGGUGGUGUACCAUCUUCACUUUUACAACAUACUCACUCUGAAGUACAUCAUAGAGAGUGAUGAAACAGUGAGGUCGUGGUUGGUGUCUCAGUUGAAGGCUCUGUGCGGAUGGACACCUCCACAGGGAGAAGAGGAGACCAAACAAGUUCAACACAAAGUGCUGUCAACUGUGGUUGGAAUCUUGAUUGGAACUGGCUUCGAGGCGAGCCAGGAACCAGCAGCUGCAGACAGGAAGACGUCCCUGUUCUGCUGCUCAGUGCUGGAUGACAUGCUCUUCUGGCUCCUGGACACUAUGGAAAAGAGUGCGACGCUGCAGUCUGCUGGAGCAGGAGCUGAGCUAUGGAUUCAGAUAUUUGAUACUUCAUUAUGUGGAGCUUCAAUGUCCGUGGAUACCCUUCAGCGUUUCUUCACACACUCCCUCACACAGACUCUCACUUACAAGCCUCGGCUAACAGUGUCGGAUGCCAUCGCUCAGCAGAAUGAGUGGACCUUUGCAAAAGCCAGCCGGUUGUUGACGACUCUUUUCCGUAAGCUGGCUGUAAUCUUCAGUGUGGAGCAGCUGCUGUGUCACCUGCAGAAGGUUUUGGAAACCCAUGAGGUCAACUGGAAACACGUCCUGUGUUUCCUCUCCACUCUGCUGGUUUACAACCCCUGUGCCCAGACCAGCCUAACAGAGUUGCUGUCCAGGCUGCUGAGCUCUGCAUUUGAAGGUUAUGACCUCGAGAACAUGAUAACCGCCUUCCUCUUGGCUCGACAGGGUGCGCUGGAAGGACCAGGCAUCUUCCCUUCCUACAGCAACUGGUUCAAGAUGUCUUUCGGCGGAGGCAGUGGCUACCACGCGACCAGUAAGAAAUCUCUGGUAUUUCUGCUGAAGUUCCUGUCUGACUUGGUGCCUUUUGAACCCCCACUGUACCUCAAGGUGACAUUCUGCACACGUCUCUGA